CUUCCGGAUGUCACCCGCAGAGGGCGCCGUGGACGGAGACGCCUCGUGAGUCACGAAGCGGGACGAAGCGCGGCGCCGCCCCACUCGCCCCUAGCCGUCGCCAUGAAGGCCGUGGUGCAGCGCGUCACCCGGGCCAGCGUCACAGUUGGAGGGGAGCAGAUAAGUGCCAUUGGACAGGGCAUCUGUGUGUUACUGGGUAUUUCGCUGGAAGACACGCAAAAGGAACUGGAACACAUGGUCCGAAAGAUUUUAAAUCUGCGUGUAUUUGAGGAUGAGAGUGGGAAGCACUGGUCCAAGAGUGUGAUGGACAAACAAUAUGAAGUGCUGUGUGUUAGCCAGUUUACACUCCAGUGUGUCCUCAAGGGGAACAAGCCUGACUUCCACCUGGCAAUGCCCACAGAGCAGGCAGAAAGCUUCUACAAUAACUUCCUGGAGCAGCUGCGCAAGACCUACAGGCCAGAGCUCAUCAAAGAUGGCAAGUUUGGUGCCUAUAUGCAAGUGCACAUUCAGAAUGAUGGGCCUGUGACUAUAGAACUGGAAUCCCCAGCUCCUGGUGCUGCUACUUCUGACCCAAAGCAGCAGCUGGUACCCAUCAAACCAGGGCCUGCUUUUCAUCACCAGCAGGUGUUCCAAGAUGCAGAAAGGACUAUAGAGUUCAAAGAUGGCUUGGUUCCUCCUGGAGAAGAGACUGCUGCUGUCACAGGGUUCUUGCUCACCGCUCUGGAGCUGAAAGCUCGCUGA